AUGCAUAUUAGUGUAUUGGUGUUCGCAUGGGGUUUUCUGCCUUUAUUCUUGUGUCCAGUUAAAGCAUACACGCAUGAUAAUGUAAAGGCCCUGAUUAAUAACAUAUUUACCACAAAUUCCUACAACAAAGUAGUUCGUCCUUCCGUGGAUCAAUCAAACCCAAUCAUUUUGUACGUGAAUUUAAAUCUCGUUGGAAUUACCGAUAUUGAUGAGGUACAAGAGAAAAUGACAUCGACGGCAUUUCUGGAGUUAGAAUGGAUAGAUGAUUACAUGAAAUGGGAUCCGGCAGACUACAAUGGUACUGAUAUUAUAUACGUGCCACAGAAAGAUAUUUGGAAGCCAGACAUUGCUUUGGAAAAUGGUUUUACAAAAUUGAGGGAACUUGGAGAUGACUUUUUGUUGACUAAAAUUCUAAAUGAUGGUUUAGUCAUAUGGCGUCCUUUUGAUGUAUUGGAGACGAAAUGUUCUAUCGACAUAGCGGAUUUUCCGUUUGAUAAACAAACGUGCGACAUUAAAUUUGGAGUUUGGACCAGUCCGCUUGAUGCGGUAGACGUAGAGGUAGGUGAUGAAGGUAUCUUGCUCAAUGAGUAUCAAUCCAACGGUGAAUGGGAUCUCCUAGCGACGUCAGCUGCAGCAUCCGAAUCGGCAGUCGACGGGGCUAUCGUCACGUUUUCUCUCACAGUAAAACGAAAACCUCAGUAUAUUCUCUAUAAUGUCGUAUUUCCUAUCGUCAUGUUGUCGCUGCUUUCUGUGUUUGUGUUUGCCUUACCUGCUGACAGUGGCGAGAAGAUUGGUUACAUCAUGACUGUAUAUCUGGCAUUCGCUGUGUUCCUAACAAUCGUUAGUGCGUCACUUCCGGUAAGCUCUACCAUGUCUUUAUUGAGUACCUAUCUUAUAUUACUUGUGUGUUUGGGAACCGCAAUUGUAAUAAUUACUAUAUUCGAACUCCGACUCCAUUUCCGCGACAGGUCCCACGUUAUACCUAAAUCUGCUGUGUAUAUAGUUCGCUUCUGCAAGACGUUGCGUUGCAUCAAGAGGAACCAAAUAAAUCUAGACGCGUGUGUGUUUGAGACAAGCCUUACUAACGGGAAAGAAAAAAAGAAAGAAAAGGCCGAAGAAGGCGAAAUCACUAAACGUUCCAUCAAAAAAGCAUUCAUAGAACCACAAGAGAGCUCAGAAUUGACAUGGCAAGAUGUCACGUCAGCAGUCGAUUUCCUCUGCUUUUGGUUUUUCCUUUUAGUGAACAUCGUAUCAACGGUUGGCAUUUUUGUAAGCGGUUACUUCAAGAACUCUGCGUAG